AUGGUGAUAAAUCAAACGGGCAGUGCAACUGAUCAUCUAGGCGCUGUGCGGACGGCGUGCGCCGAAGAACGAUACGAGAAGAAAGAAUACCAAAGCCGCCAUUACGUCAGCUACCGACACGGAGACGAGACAGCCACUCAUUCGCAUGUAGUAAACCAAGCAGCUGCCAUUUACAUAAAUUACCACCUUCGAGGGUCGGUUAUUGACUGCAACUUGCCUACCAGUAGGUAUGCGGUGUUGUCAACUUGCAAAUACUGUCUCUAGCUCUCCGCCUGCCUCGUUAUCAGACUGAAUGCGAAACGUCAGACGAACAAGCCCCCCCCGCCCUCGAGCGAUCAAGACCUCCGCCUCCACGAUGCCUGUCUAGGUAAUUGAAAAGAUUGAGCCGCUCAUUUGCGGUUAGGAGUUCCUUUACGGGCUUAAUAGUGACCAAAGCCCGGUUCGUGCAUGAGAAAAAUCCCACCCAAAAUUGUCCUCUCCUUGGUAUAAGUGGGUCAUUGAUGCGUCGCAACCAAGACUUGUGGAUUGCUCAGGCCUUGAGGGGAUAAAGUUCUCAAAGUCAUUUAUUCUCUCCCUGGAAGAAUCGUUAUUUUGUGGAGUGGAGGAGGGAGUAGUGGACGGUCUAUGGGCAGACUUUCUCUGUUUACGAUAGAUGUGCUAUCUCAUGAAAUGCUAACCAACAUUCUGGAAUAUAUUUUCUAUUCGAAAAAAUUAUUUAAGUUGGAUUGUAAAAUUAGCUAUCAUGGAGCAUAAUUCUAAGAUAUUUCAGCUACAUCAGGAUGUCGUCUUUGGAAUGAGCCUCUUCUUGGCCGUCUGCAAAGAUCACACUCUGUAAAAAAAUUACUAUUUAAAUAGUGUGAAUUUGCUUCCACUGAUUUUCGAUGUCCCAUAAUUAGAAUAUGUUAUAUGGAAAACAAAUAAAAAUGUUCUUUUGUACUCAUUCGAUAGAAAAUUGCGUCCUUCUAAAGGUUUUUUACUUAAAGAGAGAGCAUCUUUCGGUUUUUAAACCCCUUUUUAAUUUCCGAAUAAUUUUUUGCCCCACCUGCAGUUACACUUGCAUUCAGGGUUUCCGAACUACGGACUGUGAGCAUUCCAUCAGAGGAAUAUCGAAUAUUUCCCAACGUUGUUAACAUGAUGUCAUAUAGGACUCAUAAACAUUUGCAGUGAAUGUGAGCCAGGUUGUAUACUUUAUAAUUAACACCAAUAAAAGUGUGGAUGCGAUGGUGUAUGAAUAGAAAUUUGAUGACCUUAAAAAAUCCCAUAAAUAUACACUUUUUUUAAAACAACAAACAUUCUCCCUUCGAAGAGGAAAUUUGGGAACACGCGAUUUGCUAAAAAUGAGUAUAGAAAGAAUAUUUUUUGAAAAUUUUCUAUAUACUAUACUUGAAUUUGUAAAGGAAUCGAAAAGCAACGGGAAAAAUUCAUACCACCUAAGUAGCCUUUUUACAGAAUGCAGUCCUUGCAAACGACUGAAAAGAAGCUCUUUCGAAGGUCAACCUCCUGGUGCAAAUGAAAUAUAUUAGGAUUAAACUACACGAUAAUUAAUAUUACAAUGCUACCUAAGUAGCCCUUUCGAAACUAAAACACCUAUCUCCGCACGCAGUUAUGUCCCACCCGUAAAACCCCUAUAACCACCAUUCCCGUAUUACGCGGACCUGGGGUUAGUGGUCGUCAGGUAGGAUUACACCACCUGCCGUUUCCGUUUCAUCUUUUCGGUGACUUGACUCUAUCCUCUUUUCCUGUCCCUAAUUCUUCCUUAGGGCCGAAUCCCUUAACUACACCCCUCAGUCUUUAAUUUAACCAUCAUCACAGGCUUCUAGUAUUCCUCAUUCUUCUAACGUUUGUGCCAUUUUUCAUGGCUUACUAGAAAAAAAUUGCAUUCUCAAGCUAAGACGCAUCUCCUUCUAAGCUGCCUUCUUCUGCCAGUGUCUCCCGGUUGGUACCAUUGUACGGACACAUUUCACUGCAGCCUGAUACUCCACUAGUUGAAUUCUCGACCUAGUUGCCGCAAAGUCAGUUUAUCAAAUCUGGUUUUGUAUCCGUCAUAUCUCCUGUCGUACAACAGUGCUUAGAAAACCAGCCACCCCGUCCGUGGAACAAUUGCUACCGCGUGAUGAAAUAAAAAUACGGAAGCCGGAAUUACACGUCACGAUAACACUCACAGGCUUUUAUAUCAUUCAUUUACUUUGUAAGUGGAUGUUUGGAUUUUCUGCCAAGACUACUGAAAAUAAUGCCCGAGAAAUGACCCCAGCUCUCAAGUUGUGGCUCAUUCGACGAGAUCCGGCCACACGUUCAAAUUCAACAAGACCGAAAUUCUCGCCAGAAAUGACAACCGCGUGAGGCGGGGGCUACUUGAAUCAUGGUUUACUGGCCCCCAGCCCAUUAACAAGUGCAACGACUUUCUUCUUCCACACUCGAUGCUGAGACUUCGCUUAGGCGGAGUAAUUAGCAACGCGGGGAGCGCAGGGGUGAACACGCUUCCCAACACCAGGGUCUUUGCGUCAGAUGGUCGAGCAAUCAUCACACCAACAUCCAACGCACGUGACGAAGUUGCAGCAAUUAACGACGCGAAUGUCGGCCAUCAAACAAUUAGCACACCAAGUGUAACGAUCCCGGAUGAAGGGGGGGGGGGGGGAGCCGCGAAUGUUCAUAGGUCUGCGGUAGCAUGGCGACUGCAUCCUAUAAAUACUGCAGUCCCUUGUGCAUGAAUCACCCGUAUCUGCUGUUGUCUCUGAUGAUGAGUUUGAGCAGAAAUCCGAAACGUCAGGCUAAUAAAUCUCUUUUCUCAGCGAUCGUGUCUCCUUCUUCAUAUCAACACAUAUCACCCCAUCAACACAUGCAUCCCUUAUUAACACCUGCGACAUUCCACAUCACCGGCACCUCUCAAGUAAGUCUGAAGUGUGCUCUUCGGGUCCUUUCUCCAUGCGGCUCCUCUGCUGUCUGUGCGAUCCGGAAUUUUUCUCUCUGCAUGUGAAACCCUGGUGAGUGCGCAUAUGGGGUCAGGUCGCGUGUGUAGCACGCGCAGACGGGCCCUUCAGCUCUGUCAACCACUGCGCCAAUUUCCAGCAUCAGACAUCUGACCAGAUUGGACAGUGGACGGCGCCUGAGAGUGAAAGGAGAGAGUAAGAUCGGUGGUCUCAAUGUGCAUUCACCCCUUUAAACUAUCCGGGACGCACGAGAAUGUUGAUAUGCACUAAAAGCUAUGGCUUAAGAGGCGAUUGCCAACUGACGCGACAAACUGGACCUUACAGUUAGCUCAUUAUGUUUGUGCGGAGUAACCGACUGGUGAACUGAAAGUCAGGCUGCAAUGACUCCUUCUUAAUGUGACCUCUAUGGCACCCCAACUCAGUGGGAUCAGAGCAGUUCCUCUCGUUUUUUGAUCUGUAAAAAUGUAAAUCAUCGGAUUUUAUGGUACGCCUGGGUGCGGAUUUUCACCUGCGUCCUUCACCCGCCUCCGGUUUCUUUGACUUUGUCUAGGAACUGGGUCCGGGUGGGGAAGGAGGAGAGGAUGCCGUGGACGCAACGCAAGUCUAAUAUCCUUUUUAGAUGGAAUCACGCACAAGUCCUGUCCCUGCGCCAACCCUGCUGUGGAGCACAUGGUAGGCAUUGUCGGUCACGACGGUUCAUCUGUAGUGUUGCUGAGUCGGGUGAAAAGGCGAACUCGGGGAAGCAGUUGAGCAGAAUGGGAUGCGGUCGUUGAAAUCAGACUUUUGUUUGCUUGGCUUUCCUGUCUUUCAUUCGAACACACCUGCAGAGACAGCAUUGCUCUUAAAUAAGUGCUGAUGACAUAUUAAAAAGUUUUUCCCUACCAAGAUGCUCAUUAUAGGAACUGGGAAAUGCGUAAAUAACGGCAAGGCUCUGAUCAUCGUUAAUUCAGCCAGGCCAUUCAUGAGUUAAAGAGAAAAGAAGGGGGAUAAAAGUGGGCUGUGCCAAGAAGAAUCAAGCAAUUUAAAACGCCACGAAGUGCAAGAUACACUUCCAACCCUUUAUUUUGCGCAAGAAAUUAAGAAAGCGGGUGCUACUUGACUCGAGGGAGUGGUCUGUAAAGAGCAUGUUAGUAUCCGUAAAGUAUGCCCUAAAAAGAAUGACUUCCUCAAUGCACUGCCCUAUUUACUGGCUCUACAAACGACGAAGACGCCUGGCUGAAUGGCACUGGGCGAACUACUCUUUAUGGUACAUCUGAAUUAAAUGAAUUGUGCGAAUUUUGAGGUUUAUUAAAUGUCGUAAAAUGUGCGAAUAGUUUUGUUCAGUUCAUAGUAACGACGAAUUUCCCAAUCCCGACUACUUUCCCUUUUGCUUAUUUUAUUAAGCUUGAUUUACAUGAAUAUGUUAAAUGUUAUAAUAUAGAUAUUUUUGACACUGCACUAGUUUUUACCAGUUAUCUCCAUUAUUUUGGUACGUUACCUGAUAAUUUCUAACUCGACUGACACAUCAAACAAACCCCGAAUUUAAACAAUAACUAAUCUUAUUGAACACAGGUUUUCACUGGACCCGCUUAGAGCAGAUUGCUAACAUUAAGUGGAGUUUGGUUCACCCUGCCGCAAGCAUCUAAAAAUGAAUAGGGUAGCCUCCAGUAGUACAGUGAGUGAUUUUGUCGACUAUAUGCAGUAAGUAGAUGCUCCGAACGGGUGGAACCGAUAUAAACAGCACAUCUUUGAGUCAGCGGGCGGUACCUAAUGCCAGAGCAGGUCACAGAAAAACAAACGGUGUAGCCUGUCCAGAGUGUUGUACAUAAAGAACCUUGGUUCAGAGUAUCUUUAGAAACCACCUGGUUCUCGCGAGAAUGUGGCAGGUAGUCUGUAGACUAAGGAAAAUCUGGGAAUCGAUAAACACUUAAGCAUGACCUCCAAUCUCACGAAUUUCCCAUUUGCUUUGUUUUCUGCUUAUAUAACCGCAGAUAAAUAUAUCGGAGGCCUAACCUGAGCAACCUAAAAGUCUCAGGGAGGUGUGAUUUAUAUACGUUGGCACUUGGACCUCGCUUCGACUUACUGGGGUCUGGGUCGCUACUUCCUCAAGGGUGAGGAAAGGGUGGCCGAGGUGCGCCUAACUACGAUGAUGGGGGGGGGGGUUAAUCAGUGAGGACUUAACCAUAAGUUCAUCCCGCCUAGAAGCCGAGAAGCCACUAAACCGAACUGCCACUUUAUAGGUGUACCUACCUUCCUCCGACCAUGGAUGAGAAAGUAUAGUAAACGCUAUUUCUACAAGGCUGUGAAGCAUACAGGCACACAGGUUUGGUGCGAACUUUGGCAGUAGACACCAUAUCUAACUGUCCGAAAUGUCGACCGGUCAAACACUUCCUUCAGGCAUUCCCCUCUCUCUACCUCAGGGUCUUGUUAAUUAGAAUACGAUAAAUUCUGCAGUAACCCUAUAGACGGUCGGGGCUUAGGCCUAGUUUUUAAGUGGAAGCCCUAAUUACGAAGACACUUCUAAUCCGGGCCUUGUGCUUCAUUUAAAUUUGUUUAGUAAAAAGCAAGCUUCCAUAGAAAUGAGUAAACUGCUGCAAAAUUAAAUUGGUUUCCCUGCCCUUAAUUUACGUAUAAUGACAUUUUUUUCAAUGAGUCAACAGAGUUCUCGUGAGCUGCCUGUUUCACACACACACACACACAAACGAAAGCUAGCUUUUAAAGUUAUCUAACAAACCAAAACUGAGAAAACGUUUUUGGAGACGCAGUUAUAACCGGCAAUCGGAGGAAUUAUGUGGUACUUUUCACUAGGUAAGAAACUGACAAUAAAUGCACUGAUAAAUGUAAAACUACUGAAGUACGCCCUCUACGGCGGGCUGCGUUGUCCUAGUUCUUAUUUACGUGCAGCAUGGCCACACAUUAAGCCUUGAUUCCGCACUCCGGACUCAAUGGUCACAACUUGACUUACCUGCCUGGCACAUUGAUCGUAAUUACCGACGAGGCCCACCGUGUGCUCCACAGCAAGAUAAGAGCAGGACGGUGACUUUUGCGUGAUUUAGUUUGUAAUGAGUGUAGACUUGAAUAGCAUCUAUCGCACUUUCCCUCAUCCCCAAACUGGACCCGGUGUCAAGACAGAGUCAAGAAAGCCGGAGGCGGAGGAGGGCGCAGGUAGAUGGCACGGUUGAGCCUGCACACUGGCGCUCCACUUCACAUCCCUUAGUCCACACAGCAAAUGACCAGGAUUUUAACCAACAGCAAAAGGGCGACUGGCAAGGCCGGAGAAGCACCUAGGCGUGCUACCACACCUGGCUCGGAUCCUACAAUCGAUGCAUAACAGCCCAGAACAAAUUCCAAGUAGCUGAGUUUAAAAUGAGUGUCACGAUCCUGUAAUCGGAUAAGGGCGGCACGAAUGGGGGCUAGCCAGUGCGCGUGGGCGUAAAGUCGUUCUUAAUGCAAGUCAUCUCCAAACCUAAAUGAUAUGUCAUGUCAUUUUCUGCGGGAUUCAUAAAUUUAGAGUCCUUGAAGAUUAUGUACUUUUAGGGGCCUUGACAAUUCAAAGUCCAUUUAGGGGAAUAUUUAAAAGAGCCGCCGACUAAGAGUUGAUUAUUUGGUAUUUUUCACAUGCUGAGUUUAUCAUGGUUGGGUUUUAUGUAGGCCUCCGUCAUUUGAGAUCCUGCCUAUUAGAGGACACUCUAAUGGGCCAUAUUUUUGAACAUGAGACAGAAAUAAAGCUGGAUUUGGAUAGAAUAUUUGACGGUAUAUGGGCAUGAUGGAAAGUGUCCCUCCCAACCUGCGAAAAGAUUAUGAUAGUUCGACCGUCGUUGCCCGGUGUCCAGACGGAGUCAAAAAACCAAAGAGGGAGGUCGCAGGUGGAUGUGUUGGACGCGUCCGCACCUUGGCGCUCCACUCCGUACCCCUGGUCCACACAAAAAUGACCAGAGAUUUUGAUCGCCAAAACAAUGGAGGGCGUGGCAGUGGUCCCAGUUUAUGCGUCGACUGCUGACAACAGGGUCUUCCCGCGCACCCCCUCGAUGUUUGCAUUUGUUAUUGCGCAAAGAUAACGCCUGCCAUAAUCUGAUGUGGCUCUCUUGUUGGUCCAGCGCAUCUGAAAGGCGGCCCGUUUGGAGGCGCACACACACACACAGACACACACAACUGGGCUUCAGAGAAGACUUCGGAGUGUCCUUAUAGCGAUUGACUUGGCCUCCUUGUUGGCGUGAACCCGUGGCGACAUCUCCAUAGAAGAUUCGUUUGGGCAACCGCUCGUCGUCAUCCGCACGAGGUGGCCACUCCAACACAGUUGCAGUUGUCUCAGCAUGGCACAGAUGCUGAGGAUUCCCGUCCUCUCCACUAAAUCCUUGUCCAGGAUCUGGUCCUACCACCUCAGCUUCGGCAUCCGCCAAAGUCAAAUGAGGUUGAAAUGAUUGAGUCUUCGCACCUGCCUCCUGUACACCGUCCAGGUCUCCGCCCCAUAUAGCAGCGUUGGCAGGAUGACCGCCUCGUACAUCUUCAGGUUGGUGUUGGGAUGGAGACGGUGGCGAUUCUCGACGGAACUUUGCAGACGGCCGAAGGUUUGAUUGACUGUUGAAAUCCGGCGGGCCACUUCGUCGUCGAUCUUGAUGGCUCAGCAGAGGGCGCUGCCCAGACAUGUGAAGUUGUCCAAGACUUGCAGUUGGACGCCGUUCGCGUUGAUUUGGUGCGCGGUUUAGGCAGCGUCGGGUGGCGGCUGAUGCAUAAACACCGUUCUCUCCGUGUUGAUGACCAGGCCUAAAGUGUCGCGGACAGAGGCGAAGAGAUCUGUACUCCUCUACAUGUCCCCACCCGAGGCGGGGUUGAGGGCACAGUCGUUGUAGGGAGACGUUAAUGAACGGUAGUGUGGAUACACGCUACUUGAAGUGCAUUCUCCGCUGAUUAAGGAGGUAGCCGUCCGUCCUGUAGGCGACGCGGAUCUCGGUGCGUUCGUCAUAGUAGGUGUCUAUCAGCGUGACAGAGAACAUAAGACUGAAGAGGGUAGGCGCGAGCACGCAGCGCUGCUUCACCCCGUUGGUCACUGUGAAUGCCUCUGAGGCAGCUCCCUUGUCCGUGACUCGCGCCGUCAUGCCAUCGUGGAGUUGACGCACCAUCUAAGUGGAUCGUUCCGCACAGCCGGAUUUCUGCAUGAUUUUUUACAGUCCUCCACGAUUCACCGUGUCGCUCACAUCACGUGGACCCAUAACUGGAAACCCUACAGCCCUUGAGAGAUGUCAGCAACACCCGCUAUUCCCCGCCGCUCACCGAUGCAAGUACUAACCAGUCCCAAUGUAGCUUAACUUCGAUGAUCGGACGAGAAGCGGUGCUUUCUACGUGGUAUGGUCACUGACCCUACCUGCCGAAACACACACACACACACACAUCCCUAGGUCACAUACGAGCUCCCUCCGCACCACGCACCACAGCCCGUGACAAUUAAACUUCUCUACGACAGCAAGCAGGCGACCUGCUUCGUCGUCGCCCUUAUAACCUUCGCAACGUCGCAUAUCAGAACAUGUACAUCUCACGUCAGUGGAAAAAUAUUCUUUGAUUUAUCCCAGAAAAUUAAGUGAGUAAGUCGUGUGCGGCACUCGUAAGCAGACUGCCUAACCCUGCCAACAUCUGCGUCCAAUUUAAUCGUCAGCUUGUCGACAGGCCCGGACAGUUGACUGGUGCAUGGAAGGGAGAAAAGACUAUGAAUUCGGCGCACAGAAGAAUCCAUCCCCAUGGCAAAUCCGCGCAUUCCUCACUAUAAUAAAGCAAACGAACGUUGAGACUAUCAUGAUGGGCUAGAAGUCGAGUCUUGGAAGGCCGCCAACUGACGGGACAACUCGGUCCUCGUAGUCAGUAUUGUGUGGUUAGGGACUGACUGGCUCGAAGACGGAGAUUCAGACACAAUGCCCCCCCCCCUUAAUGUGACCUUUGCGGUACUCUCAGGAAGAUAAGAUUUGAGCCGUCCAAAUGAAAGCUUUGACCAUGCUGUGGGGACCAGUUCUUGCAUUUCAAGCGCGGACGGACGAUACCUUUGUCGUCGUCGUCGUCGUCGUCGAAAGGGAUGUGGUGCUGACGUGCAAAAAACGUCUCAACAGCGUCUUCCCGGGCAUGCAAUUUACGAUGGAGGAGGAAGAAAAUAACCAGCUGGCGUUCCUUGAUGUCCUCGUCUGUUGCAAAUAUUGUGGUGGUUUGAAGACAAAAGUGUUCAGGAAAGCGAUUAACACGACGCAAAUACUGAACUUCAACAGCAACCACCCAGUCAGGUACAAAUGCAGUUGCGUGAGAACGCUAUAUCGGCGUGUUGAGACGCGCUGCAGUGGACCGGAAGACAAGGCUGCCGAAGUUCAAUAUCUUCGAGGGGUUUUCAGAGAAAAUGGUUACCCACGCAAAAUCGUCAACCGGUGCAUGCGCGAACGAGACGAGCGACAAAGUCGUACCGACCCCAAAUUCUGGCGAGUGAUCCCGUACAUCAGGAACUUCUCCGAGACCGCCAGUCGCCUUCUCGGUCCACUCGGGGUUGGAGUUGUACACAGACCGGAGGCCACCAUAAGGCGUCAGGUGAUGAGACCAAAAGACCCACUGCCACGGCAAGAAACAUCUGGAGUCGUUUAACAGAUCUGGUGCAGAUGCGGACAAAGAAACUACGUCUGAGGAACCGGAAGACAGCUCGGAACGCGAAUGGCCGAGCACGAUGCAGCGGUGCGGAGAAAUGACACCAGCUCUCAAGUUUAGGCUCAUUCAACGAGAUCCGGCCACAAAUUUAAGUUUGAUGGGGCCGAAAUUCUCGCGAAAGGAGAUGAUCGCGUGAGUCGCGAGUUGCUUGAGUCGUGGUUCACGGGACCUCGGUCGAUCAACAAGUGCAACGACAUCCCCACUGCAUAUUCCGUGCUGAGGCAUAGGCUGGCCAAAGUAACUGACCACUCAGGGAGCGCGCAGGAUGGUGAGCCAGAUGGCCGAGCCAUCAAGCAGCCCACCAGCGUGCAAGAAUUCUUGGUGAAGGGGAGAGCGGUUAAUUACCAUAGGUAUGCGAUUUCAUAGCGGCCGCAUCCCACAAAUGCUGCAACUUCCUGUGCACGAAGCACCCGUUUCUGUCACUGCCUCUGAUGACAGGCUCAAGGGAGAAUCCGAAACUUCAGGCGAAUAAAGCCCUUGUUCCAGCGACCGCUUCAUCUUAUCAACUUGUUCCUAGAACUCCCAUCUUUGUCUGUAUCGGACUGCCUAUCUUUGUCAGCCAUCACCGCACUCCGGUUGACUUGGCGUUGUCUUGCCAUCAAAGCCGGGUGGGGGAGAGAAAGGAGAGAGUGCGGUGAAUGCUGCACAAGUUCGUCCAACUAUAAAGAAUUUAAGCAAAAGUCUCCGGCUCUGUGCCAAAUCUGUUCGUGGAUGUCGUCGUUCAUGGCGGUCGAACUGUUUUAAGUCACUUGUACCGGAUAGCGAAGAUGCUGGUCUAGCCAACUCCAAAGUUUCCAGAAUCAUAGCCCAACGCUAUCUGUCUGAUGCUGCAUAUAAUGUAUUUAUUUGUGUUUGCAUGAUAUAUUCUUCCAGAAAAAAUUUGUAAGAAGGAUUUAAAUAGAUCGCAAAUUUACGAGGUGGGAGGUAACAUUCGAAAUAAUGUUACACAUAAAAAUAUAAAGAAAUUGGAGUAUUGCUUGCAACCAAGUUCGAAACGAUCGGAGAUCGCCAGUGGUCACUGGAAAAAACACAUCGGUCGCCACUUUGCCUAACUACAUGAAUUCUGCUCGCCCAAGGCCGAAAUGACACCUCAUUUCAGGUCUCCUUUAACAGACAAUUUUCAAUAAAAUAGUUUCGCAAAACAAAUCUGGCUGCGACUUCAAAAUCAUCCAUGCUUGGUCUUAUCCCUCAGUUUUCAUCUUAUCUUGCGUUAGCCUACUAUAGGUCAGACUUUUGGAGACUUACCACUUGAACCGGCUGUAUUCGCUCUUAUCCAGUCGUCAUCCAAAUUUCUCCAAGCCGACUGCCCAGGGUAAAAUACAUGUUUAGACAAAUAUGCAAUUUUUGUUUUCUUGAUGUGUUCCUGUGCAACUCGUGGUCAAAAGUACCCCCCCCCCUGAUUUUGUUGCAUCUUCUUCGUACUGUCUUGAAAAAGCAACAUAUCCUCCCCUCGGGUUCAGAUUUCCUCGGCUGCAAAAUUGUCGAAGACACUUGGAUGCGGAUCGAAUUUUUCAAAUUCUUGCAAUUCGUAGCACUGGCAACCUUCACUUCCAAAAUGAAGCUUUUCUGACUGCCAUCACUAAAAAACGCAGUUGACCACGAAAAAUCUGUGCUUACCGGCAGAAGAUCCGUAGUUAUUAAUCCCUAGCUAUCCUGUAAGUUUAGGUUUGAGAAACUCCUAAUGGUAACACUGUAGUUUCACAGAGUGGAGCCUGAAGAUGGGGAAUCGACGCCUCUAAUCGCAUUACAAGCUCCCAGGUUAGUGCUGAUAGUGACUGUGAUUGUGGAAACUUGUGGAUAUUUAUCCAGUACGCCAGAUAACGGAGAAGCAAUUUCACAAAUUGGGCUCUCUGUUCCGUUGGAAACGGGAGGCUCGUCGUUUCUUCUGCAAAGUCCACGGGCGACAGACACAAAGGAGUUCACAUCUGGGUUCUUUAUUUUUUGAGUAAACUAGGACUGCUUUUUAUUUAACUUCUUUAAAUCUGAUCAACUUAGAUCAUUGUUUGAAGGGAAUAACUUUAAAUAAGUUGCUUGUUCCACAUGUACAAUCAACUUCAGUAGCUACGAGUUCAAAAAUCAGACAUACCUUCGAUCUUUAAUUAAUACUUACUUAAAAUUUACCAACUCUGUGUUAACACUUGAAGCAGAUGGAACAUAUAAAGGAUUGGUGCUGUUUUCCGAAGUUAUUUGAAUUUGGUUUGUUUUCAAGGUCCUUCAAACAUACUAGGUUUCAUUUUGCGGCUGGUGCUCCAGCGACUCCCAAAAUCCGUUAGCGGAAGGUCAACUAUCAGGCCAGUAGUUUCUAUUCUAGAAAAGUCAUUUCAUCAGCCGAAUUGAAGUUCGAAAUGGGAGCAGACUCUUAUAUUCGGUAUCGCAUUCAGUUUCAUUACGAGGCCCAGCUUUAACGUCAUUCUCAUAAAAGUUGUAAUUAACCUACCAACCGUAAAUGUACGGUGCAUGCAUUGCGCUGAUAUAGCUCACCUACCGAAACUUUGCAAGUAGGUUUUUUUAACUUCUAUAAUAUUUCGGAAUAGUCUGUACUGCCCAAGGACGGGGAACAAUUUUACGACUGACCAUUGAUAUCUGAAAACUCUGCGUGCGUAGUCGGUUGCAACAUGAAACAUUUGUGCUUUCCAGCAAACGUCAGACCACGGGGCCUGUAGGACACGCUAUUAAGACGGAGGUAAUAACUACCUGCCACUGUCCAGCUGUAGCCGAAGGACUAAUUUCGUGCAUUUGGCCACCACCUAAGCUACCGUGACGAGCUAAAUGCGCAGUAUUCAGAUUAUAGUCAAGGAGUGGGGAUUGUUCCCACUCAGUCUUCAGUGGCGCCUUGAAAUGAACUUGUGUGGUGGCUGACAGAACACAUUCCCGACCUACGCAUACCGUGACAUAGCUGGUUCCAGGUUAAUACUUCCUUUCAGAGAAGACGAGUCGGAUUUUAAGGCUGGCGCCCCACUAUGCUUAUUAUUCAUGGUCGAUCCUAUUGCAAAAGUGAAGUCAGAGUCUUCUACGGCUCCAUACUUAAGGUAUAGGUAUUAAAUUUAUGUCCUGUUAAGAGUGACAACAACGGGUUUUGCAAAUCGCAUGACAGGUAGGUAGAAUUAAGAGGACAAAUCUUACUGUGUCAAGGGGCGCGCAGGCCGGUUUGGAAGGAGUCAGAAACGCCCGUCUUGAUCAAACAGGGCUCGUCGUACUCAGACCGAAGACAAAGUACGUAGUCAGCCGGCCGGGGACGCGAAUUCUUAUCGGCCUUGACUGGCAGCGCGCACCACCGCGUCGAAAUGUGCUCAUGCACAAGCAAAGGAUACACACGCUAAACCGCCACUGCGCGACAGAUAGGGGAUGCGAUACACGUGCGAAAGAACUGCAAAAAUGAAGUACGCCAGAUCGGAGAGAGAGAGAGGAUGGAGCAGGAAUGGUCUGGACACCGAGGGCACUGGUGAAAGUGCUAGCUUAUAUGAGUUUCGGUGCUUAACCCCUGAUUUUGAGGCUUCUACUUUUUCACACCACAUGCUAGCUACCUCGUUUUGCGCUUACGAAUCAAGAAAUUACAACUUGUAGAGAGUUGCAUACGAUUUUUUCAGUCGUUUAUUCACCUCCUCAGUUAUGGGAGUUUGUAAUUUCCUCUUGGUACAACAAUCAAGCGCAAAAUAUAAGCUGAAAUGGCCUAAAUGAUUGGAUGGACCGUCAUAUAUUUUUUUUCAGAAUUAAUUCCAUGUCUUACUCGGAUUAUUUUCGCUAACAGUGUCAGGCUAGAACACUUUGUACCGCUGUGGUGGCCCAAUAUUAUGAAGCUGCGAGCCAUUCUGUAGCUGCACGGUCGUACCCACUUGGUGUCUUUUCGACACGCGUCAUUCCCUGCUCGCGUGUACCGCAUAACCAAAUACGCUCAAGGCCAUGAACCGCAAGCAAGCACGGAAAUCGGCAACUGGCCGGUCGGUCUGACCAUGAGGGGAGUGUGUGCAACGCAGAUCACAAACACACGUACGACAGCUCGACCGUCGUUUGCAACGAUGUUCAGCGUGCGCUCCACAGCAGAGUGGUAGCAGGAACGGUGACUUGGGCGUGAGUUAGUUUAUACGCAUAGCAGACUUACGGUGCAUCCACCGCAGUCCCUCCUUCUCAGUCUCCAGGGCCAAGUAUCAGGGCAGAGUCCAGGGGGAUCGGAGGCACAAUCGGGUUAGUGCGGCGUAAACCUGCGCCCAGGCUUGCAGCCACACUCCCACGUGGGACAUUCGUUAUUGGUGCGUUACCCAGUAACGAGUGUCGUACCCUGAUCUGGUCCCCGUGUUGGUCCAGCACAACUCCCACUGGGCCCGUUGUAUGGAACAAAGUGAAAGUAUGUGGUGAGGUACCGGACUAAUUUACCUUUGACAAUUUAGUUCUGUUUUCUUUGCCCGGAUUGGUUGUUUGAAUGUGACGAAAAACAACACACCUGUUCAACCCGCCUUGCCGGCCUGCUUUGCUGUCGCGCUAUGUUGUCAGAUUACUUAACAUUCAGAAUCUCUAUAUUUUUCACUGUCCAGUUUUACUUGCUGCUUUUAGGGCUAGGGGCUCGUGAGAUAUAACUCGUUAGUUCGUGAAAACAUCACCAUUUACGUCAAGUACACACACAUGCACUUGAAAUGACUCUCAGCCGACAGCCACUCGUGAAUUCCGACUCCUGCCUGUGCUUGCUACUCAGUGCUUUUACACUCUCGCACAGCAAAAGCCGCCCAAUCAGAACUGUCCCCCUGAUUUCUGAUUUGGAAUAGAAUCCUAGACUGCAACCGAUAUCCUCGAGAGAAACGCGAACGUGGACAGUCUUCCACUUCCGCAGGAUCGUCUGGACAUAUUUUAUGCGCCUUUUGAUUCGAAUAGUACAUUAAAGUUGCAGUGUGUUUCAGUCUUCCCUCCGUAAACAAAGCCUGACUAGCCCUCGAAUCCGGUCAAAUAACAGGUCGAUGUGGACAUGACCGAUAUCAAACACGCAUUUUCUUUAAAGGCACAACAACCAUGGUUAUUUUCUAAUUAAAGUGUGCCUCGCAUUCAUCACUUUUUAACACGACUUCGAAGCAUAUUGUCAUGUUGUAGAGGCCUAAAUACUGCGUGCACGGCAAUUUUUACUAUCAGAGACAAGUUGCGUUUAGCAGUAGAUGAGAGGAGCGGUAGGCUAACGGUGCUUGGCCAAAGAAGGCGCUUACAUGCCUACCCAUCAGGUGUUUGUGAGGCGGUGGUUCCAAUGUGCCCACGAGGGCAAAACAUAAUCAUCAUCAUCAUCAUCAGCAGCAGCAGCAGCGGCGGCGGCAACAGCAGCAUCAUUAGCAUCAGCAGUAUCAUCGACUGGUCGGCCAGCUGGCGUGUGGGCGCAUGUGAUGGGCUUACCACGCUAGUGAAUGCAUGUAGCACUUGCCUAAAACACUGAUCGAAUGGGGUCUGGCGUGCGAUGCCAUGAGCGCCUGACGUAGGCAACGGUCUGAGAAGGACAAAUGGAGCGCCUACCGUUCCGCGUAAUGACAAACCGCACUAUAGAAUCUAGAUUAAGCUGAGCAUGAUAUCUACAGGGGAAGUCUACAUGUGAGGUCAUACGCAUGCAGAGAACACAGAAUCCUUAUAGAAGCUACCUUGACGUGCUUUCUUCCGUGUUUUUGCGCCCUCCAACUCCUCGAUUUUGCGGGGUGCAGAUAACAGAAGAUCAAAGUAUCCAUUGUAGAACCUCCCUUGUUGAAUAAGUGAAAGAAAACCGGGGGAAUUUUUGGCUGCCGAGCAUCUUCUCAUUGUCGAAAUAUGCUGAUGCUGCGGGUCCAGCCCUUGUUGGUGACAUUACUGCCGAAGUAGGUUUUGUAGGAAUUUUCUUUUCACCAUGUCUCCCUUACUGCGUGUCACGGACCUUCAUUUUGAUUAAAAUCUAUCCUGCCAUCUGGGAUCUUCAGUCACGAUCAAAUCGCAAAAUAAGGCAAAGGCUUCAUAGCACGCUGGAAUUUUGUGCAAAUGCUUGUGAUGUUACUGUCGCAUUAAGGUAAUUACCAGUAAAUACCGCCUAAUUGCAGCCGUUAUUAAAAUUAAACAAGAUAUCUUGGUUCCGUCCAGAAAGACUUUCGUUAUAAUUAAAGUCCGGACUAGUGAAUGAGUCUCAGUGGUUAGUGCACGGGAGUUCUGUUAUAUCACCUGUAUUUUUCACUCUCAGCUGGAAAUAGAACCGAUUAUAAAAAAAUCAGUUCGCCGCCGCUGCUGGCUUUCGGGAUUAUUGACAAAAAUUUACCGUCCUCCGAGCACUACUGAGGGAAGACUUCGAAUCCACUCAUAGAAGUCCUUCCUAUUAGAAGUUGUCGCCAAAACCUCGUCGAAAAAUCGUCCACGUUCUGUCGUGUCGACACAGUAUACAUUGGCUCAGAUGUUCACUCAGUCAUUCGACAGCUGCAGAGCGCAGCCAACGGCUCAAUCCCCUUUUCCCUUGUCAGUUAACAUGUCUUCGAGUUAACUUCGCAAUACGUGGGAAGCCGUUGACUUAUACAAACAUCCUCUUCUAUCCUACCCAUACCACCUGCCACCUCUAUUGGAAUCCUGAAAAACUCUGUAUGUACACUCGUAAGGCAGGCCUCCUUUAUCAGGUAAGUAGUUGACUUACGAUUAAUAUUACAAAGAAUAGGAGCUAUCGGUCUCACUUUCUUCACUCUUUCGAGACCAACGGGGUUUCACACAUCGUUCCUUUGUUAUUUUGCGACAGUAGCACACUGCAUCACAGACUCGUUACACACCGCCGGCAACUAUCGGCGGUUGUCAGGCAAAUCUUUCUCUACCCGUUUGUUAUCUAAUUAUCUGCCUUUUGAGUUCGGUAUGAUCUUUCAUACCACUGGCAUCACUUCGUAUCCAGUGCAACUGAACAAAGCUGCCUUACUACUUCGAGUGAGAAGAAGGAGCUGUCCCGACGUUUCGAAUUCUUCCUCGAAGCCAUCAUCGGGGGCGGCUACAGAUUUAAGUGAAGUACACAGAAGAGGCGUAGUAUUUACAGGAUGAAGUUGCCAUGCUCUCACAUGGCUACCAUAUUUAGCAGCUCCUGCAUUCCUCAAAGAAGGCCGCAUUUGGUGCGACGAUUACUGCAUUGCCUGCAGUCGAUUCGUUAACUCUCGAGCCCUGGCGUGACAAUCAAGUAUGUGCAAAUCAUUCAUCCCACAUGUGUCUGCCAUCCUUAUCUGUAGCAGUCACUGAAGGCGGGUUCGAGAGAAAAUCGGAAACGUCGGACUGAUAAGAUUCCUGCUCUAGUGCUUACAUUUCCCUCCUCUGAGCUUCUUCCUGGAAAUCACGUUUCCGUUCCUAUCGACGGUCCAGACCCCCUCACAACACUUCGCCCAACGUCUACACAAACCCCUAGGUUACACGCGCACACACCCCACGCCCCUACGCAACACGUACCACUCCAUGCCUGCAGCAUACACGUAACCCAAUUUGGCAGCAGAAACGUCGCGUGCAGGAAUGUGCGCACCUAACCUAUGUGGAAAGCAAGUCAUUCGGCGUAGCCUUGUGUGCGAAGUGGUGACCAGGCCAUGUAUGGCACGAGUGGACGUGCUGUUUAGUCCUGUCAGCUACUGCCUUUUAGACCUCGGCACCGGUUGUUGAAAGACUUGGACAAUCGAGUGGUGCAUGGAAGAGGAGGGAGAUGGGGGUGGUGGCAACACUGGGGACUCCAUCCCCCCACGGCACCUCAAUGCUUUUGGACCUACAAAAGAUGUGCUAACUCGUGAAAUGUUAAAUGAAAUUGUGAAAUGCAUUUUCGACGCGAAAAGACUACUUCUUUUUCGGCCGCCUGCAACAACUGCGCUCCGUAAAAAUGACUACUUAAGUAGCAUAAUUUUUUCGUUGAUUUUCGGUGCCCUUAUAAAUUUAAAUAUAUUUCAGCAACAAAAUAUGUAUGAAAUGCCGAUUAUUUUAAUCAUUUGAAAGAAAAGUACGUCUUAUUCAAAUUUCACGCUUAAAGGAAAGGUAUAGUUCGGUUUUAAAAAGUUUCCGAUUAUGAGGUGUUUUAAGACCCCGAAAUGCCCGUCCACAAAACAUUGUGUCUCUGCAUUUACUUAUGUUACUCGUAAAGCUUACGAUAUGACUAAAAUCUACUGCUGGCUUUCAUAAACCCCGUACGUCUUUUCUAGAUACCGUAGAGAAAUUUGUGAUUUUCCGUACACGACGAAUACAAAGCUAGUAGUUUCGAAAGCCUGAAUGCACGUUAAACCGCAGGUUGGGUUCAAAAUUAUACAGGAAUUAUAAAAUUUUUAAACUCCAACUCUACUUCUCCUUCGGGCGUAUAAUUCAAAGGUGUGAUUUUCUACUGAAUGAAUAAAAGAAUAAAUAUCUUCAUACGUGUUUCCUAUGAAAUAAAUUUAAAUGUAUAAGGGCAUCGAAAACCGAUGAGAAAAAUUCCCACCACUUAAGUAGUCACUUAUUACAGAGUGUGGUUUUUUGCAGGCGGUCGAAAAGAAUUUCAGUCAAAAGCCGGUAUCUUAAUCUAACUGAAUUAUCACGGGGUUUUUGCCGCGCGGUAAUUAAAUAUUACGGCCCUACUUCGGAAAUCUUUUCGAGUCAAAACGCAUUUUAAAAUUCCGGUUAACAUUUCAUGAGUUAGUUCAUCUACUGUACCACGACGCACCAAGAUUCGUGGCUUGUGAGGUUGCCAACUGAGGGGACAACUUAAUCCAUCUCAAAACCAAGGGCAAAAUUUGCAGUCGUUCAUUCCUAAUAUGGCCUUUUGGGCAUAUUCACUCAUUUUGGGAUCUGGAGAGUCCUAACAGUAGCCUAGUAUAUGUAGGGGCACGCCUGCUUACAUUUCUAACGAUUUGGUUAUUCAUUGAUGUUUUUGCAGAUUUUUUGAAUAAUUCAUAUUGACCCAACUGUGAAAAACUCGGCGCCUCGGUGGGAUUCGAACCCACGCAGUAAGGGGAAGGCUUUAGCGCAGCCAACGCUCUAACCACCUGAGCUACGAGGCCCCGCCGGACGACGCGAGAUUAAUCACAUUGUGUAUUUGUCUGUCCAUCCGUCUACUCUGUUGGCGCUGUUUCUCUUCCACGUGUAGGCACUCUUUCCUUUCUGUUCAGCAGCACGUACGCUGGUUUUCUUCAGCCCCUGCCACACCUGUCUUUGUGCAGUUGGCGGCAACAAAUUUUCUUGCACGCGGACUUUGUACUGGUUUGGUUGAUAAGACCCUUUGUCCACUUGUCGAUGCAAAAAUCUUGCCGGUUUCUGAAAGCUGUGGCGAUCGCGGUGUUAUCUACUGCAGUGAACAGUUCCGCCCAAUGGUGAGUUAAUAAAGGGCUGGGCACGGUCGCAGUCCGCGUUUAAGAGAAAGGGAUGAUGUGAGGUUGAUUGUUGCAGCAGUCGGUCAAUCCGCCGCGCACAAAUGCUCCCCAGGGCUGAGUACGAAGCGCUCCUUACUGGCUUCUACUACUGCUGCUACUAGUACUACUACUACUACUACUACUAAUAUUACCACUACUACUACUACCACUACUACUACAACUACUACUACUGCAACUACUACCACUACAACUACUACUGCCGCUACUGAUGGCAGUAAUGCUACUGUUGCCGCUGCUGCUACUACUGCUGUUACUACUACUGCUGCUGCUACUACUAAUAUUACUACUACUACUACUACUACUACUACUACUACUACUACUACUACUACUACUACUACUACUACUACUACUACUACUGCAAAUACCGCAGUGUGGCACGCGCGGACGGAGUAUUUGGCCAUGUUAAUUACUCAGCCUGUGCCCACGUCUAACCGUAUUUACUCUGUCUCGUUAUUGGAGCACGAGGAAUGUGGAGGGGGAUGGCGAGACGGAUGCAACUCGAGUCUACUUCACCAUAAACGAAUCCACGAGCAAGUGGCUGCUGCCGCGUCCCCCAUGCGUGGCAGAGCUGAACGCCGUCGCCUAUGGCGGUCGAACUGUCUCGUACGUUUUCCCACUAUCAAAAUGAGCUCAAAAGAAGACUGAUACUUAUUUCCACAUGAACCACUGCGUACAUUUGCGGCCACUUAUUUUCUAGCCUGAUUCGUCUACAAAAUGAUCAAACGGGAGUCCACCCUGCUACCACUACCAUUACAACAACUACUACUGCCGCUACUAAUGGUAGUACUGCUACUGCUGUCGCUACUACUACUACUACUACUACUACUACUACUACUACUACUACUACUACUACUACUACUGCUGCUGCUGCUGCUGCUGCUGCUGCUGCUGUUACUACUACUACUACUACUACUACUACUACUACUACUACUACUACUACUACUACUACUACUACUACUACUACCAUAAGCAUAAAAAUGGGCCCAAAAGAAAACUGACACUUACUUCCACAUGAGCCACUGCAUAUAUAUGUGGCCACUAAGUUUCUAGCCUGAUUCGUUUAAAAAGUGAUCACACGGAAGACCACCCCAAGCAAACGUAGUAAAACGCAUUCUGAAUUUUUAUCUCUUUUUCAAACAUGCUAGUGUUGUAGCACGAAAUAGGAAAUUUUUACUAAGUCUCCGGCAUUUAAGUAUUAACUGAAUACAAAAUGGCUAAGAGUGCCUCAGGUAAGGAUAGGUUGUGCCGCCCCACUGGGCUAAAUAUGUACAACUAACUACUAUAUUUGCUUUAGUAAGCCCUGUUCCGUCUAUCGCCUCAUAGCUAAAGGAAGUCGCCCUCUGAGUUUUGCCUAGUACACUGAUACAACCACGUGAAGUGAGUCGAUCCAGUAUGAUCUUUUCAAGUGAUACAUUGUAUGGCAUGAGGCAGCCUUCUGCUCUCGCCCCCCCCCCCAUCCGUAAGCCGUAUCUUUCAAGAGGGUGGCUAUAAAUUCUUGUGUCAUGUCGAUACUCACCAUAAAACGCGUGUUGUAAGGAUCGUUGGCCGCGUUUUGGUUUACUUUGCAUCAAUUAGAGCACAACCGCUCUGCUUCCACAACAUCUCAAAGCGAUAUCUGUCGUCGGGCCGUUGCCAAAGUGAAACGCGAACCACGCAAAUCACAGCUACGCCCCGUCCGCAACGCCCACGCUCAACCGCUUCCAACGUGUCCUCGGAGUCAACGGACAUUCCGGGAACGAAUUGGACUCAUUGGACGCCUUCGGACCAACUGCACCUCCCAUACCGUACCAACCGCCGUCCAUCCGCUCGCCUCUUCCUCGUCCUCUCCGCCGCCAACUACCUCUUACAAUUCUUCUGAACCACCACUUCCGUCGUCGUCGUCGUCGUCGUCGUCCUCGUCCUCCUCCUCCUCCUCCUCCUCCUCCUCCUCCUCCUCCUCCUCCUCAUCAUCAUCAUCAUCAUCAUCAUCCCCCCCCUGCUUUUCCCAAUCAUCUUCCCCCUCAUCCUCCUGCCCCACUGCACCAACCAUGGCCGCUCUGGUGACCGCCACACACAGCAGCAUCACACACAUCCAUGACGCAAAAACAGACGCCAUCCCUCCAACCUCUGACUCCAGGGGUGAGGAUCAGGACUACACCUGCCCUCACUGCGAUCGCACCUUCACCUCACGCACCGGCCUGGUUAGUCACUUGCCAAUCCAUCUCUCAGAGAGUGGCGAACCAGUGCCAGGAGCACCAACCUACACCCACCACACCCGCCUCCACUGCCCACACUGCCCUCCCACCUUCACGCAUCGCAUGGGCUUAUUCGGCCACAUGCGCAUUCACGAGAGCGGAAUUGACCACCCUCCCGACUCACCCACCACGCCAAACCCCAUCCCCACUUCAUCAGCCUUUGCGCCCAUCACCGUUAUCGCAACUGACACCGACACCACCGAGUUCGCCUGCCCACACUGUCCACGCACAUUCACCUCUCGCCUCGGCCUGGUCGGUCACUUGCGAAUCCAUCGCACAGAGACUGGCGAACCAGUGCCUGGAGCACCAACCUAUACCCACCAAGCUCACCUCCACUGCCCACACUGCCCUUGCACUUUCAGGCAUCGCAUGGGCCUAUUCGGCCACAUGCGCAUCCACGACGACCUGCGGUAG